AUGGGUCAGACGGCAACGCAGUCAUCCGUGUUCGCCAGCUCCGAUGCUUCAGGCCCAGCUGCUGGCCCAGGCAUGCCGCCUGGAGUAAGGCUGGAGGACUCCGAGGUUAAGAAUAUCUGUUUCGUGGAGAAGGCGAUUCUCGCUUGUCCUCUGCCUCAGAAGGCCUGGAUUGAACUCGGUCGCUGGAAUCCCAUUUCCUUGGCACUGCUGGCGCCGGCAUGGUCCUACCAAAUCGCAGGCACGGCAGACCAUUGGUGGUUCGUUGCCAGGAGUGCUGACAACAUGUACUACUAUGCCGCUCAGUUCUGUGUGGACCAGACCGGGAAGAAUCAUAUUACAGGCCUGGCGUACCUUGGAAUGUGGGCAGCCAUUGCUUGUGGCCUUCAGUAUCCGGAGGCAAAAUGGUGGUUCGCUCGUGACUGGGCACCCUGCGAGCAUCCUCGAAAAAAGCGAGAUCUUGACAGGCUACUGCAGAGAAAUCCAUCGGCAUCACAUCCGUACUCGUGGAUGGACAACAAUUGCCAGCACUUUGCCAUGAACCUUUAUGACUGCGGCACAUCGAAUGGACGAACAAACAUGCCACGGCAGCCUCGAUCCUCAGGACAUUGA